AUGCUUGGUAGUCGGAAGGAGAAGUUCGCCUCAAUAUUUAAGAGAGUUAAGGGAAUGAUUGAUAAAGGAGCCCUAUCUUAUGAAGACCGCCCAUUGUGGUAUGAUGUAUAUAAAGCAUUUCCUCCACGUGUUGAUCCUUCGUAUGAACGACCAUGUCCCACGAACAAGGUGCAAAAUAUUCUAUAUCCUGAAGAUUGUGAAAGAGCAGCUUUCUAUGACGGUGAACACAAGCCUGAGGUAUUAAACCUGUUUAAAACAGUGGACAACCGAUCAACAUUGUCUAAUGUGUGA